AUCAUACCGUUAGCGCAAGCCCCUCCUAGUACUUUCCCUCUUCCUCGAUCUCCAAAGAUCCGGUAAACCCUAAUCAACCCAAGAAGCUCGAUGGUUUUGGUUGAGGAGUCCAAGGGCGAGCGGGCGCCGACGGGUGGCUGCGACAAGGACGCCCCAGGGCUUCUGGAGCGCCACAAUUUUUCAGCGGGCCAUCCCGGAGAGCUUUUGGGCGGCUUCGCCUACGAGGUUUCAGGCGGCAAGGCGGACGAGGUCUUGGUUAGCGGUAGCCAGGAUCUCGGUGAGGCGGCAGUGGUUGAGAAGGGGCUCAUGGGGGAGGCUACUCCGAUGGAGGUAGAUGAGCUGCCGGUGGCCGAAUGCGGAAGGAUGGAGGCUUGCACCCCACGCGGAUCUAAACAGUAUUCAUUUGAAAGCAAAUGUUGUGUGUGCCAUCGACAGCCCUCCAAACUGGGGAAUGAGAUCUGCAGAAGAUGUGUAAUCCAGUUGAAGGAAAACUUCGUCUUAAAAAACAUUAAUGAUGUCCUUUUUGAUAUGGAAGAAUGCAAAGAUAUAUACGAUGAUACUGGUGAAGUUGUUGAAGAUCAAGUUUUCUACUGUCCUGUCUGUGGUGCGUUUGUGAUUUCAGGUCACGAAAGUACCACAGGACAUGAAACAGUAACUAUCAAAAGGAGAACGGGCCAGUGGUGUGCCCUUGUCACUGGUGAAGAAUCAUGGGCUCCUAUAUUUGACAAUAUACAGGCUCUGGAACCAUUUGAUAAUCUUGCUGAGAGAUACAUUCCCUUGCACUGUGCAACAGGGAGAAAAUGCAAAGCAUGCAUUAAUUGCCUGAGUUCCCUGACAGAUUUGUUCUGUACCUUCCAAUGCAAGGCCGCUUCUGGUGAAAUAGACCUUCUGUGGACAGAGAUACUCCUACAAACUGAUUUUUCGGAGUCUUGUCAAUUGGAUAAAGUAUGCAAGACAUUUCCCCACCAGGCCUUCUGUAGCCAUUGUUGCCCUGGCCAUCACAAGGGGAAAGGCAUAAGAGAGGCUGUGAAAAAUGACCCUGCUUCAAAGUUCAUCUCUGGUACUCCAUUUUCAACAUUUAUUGCCAGCCAUGAUAAGAGCUCGUCAGGCCACUGCUGCACAAGUUGCAUGCGAUGUAUGGGUUUAUUAACAGAGAGUGAAACUGCUUUCCAUGCAUGUUUCUAUAAUAUUGAACUGGCAAAUUUGCAAAUCGAUGAUGGUUCAGGAGAGACUGAAUUUGAACAGGAUAGCUUUUGUAUUGACUGCAUGGCCUCAUUUUGUGGAAAGAUUUGUCAGCAUCAUAAUACUCACCAAAUAAUAGGUAUAGUCUGGUACAACGAAAGGUAUACAUAUUGUGCAGUUGUUCCCGCAGAUACCUGGGAUGCAGUAUCAAUCAUUUUUGGUGCUGUCCAGGAGGUACCAGUAGAGCAUGCCGUGCCAGGUCAAAGACUCGUUCCAUUUGCAGAUCGUGGAACCUCUAGGUGCCCUGGAUGCGGCCGGUCUAUGCCCCAUGCUGGGUCAUCGUGUUGUUUUUACUGCAAAUACUGACCCUGCAAACCUUUAGAUUCGCUCAUCACUUGUACUCAUUGAUACUAAGAUCUCACAAACGGGAAAGCUAUACAGAAAUACAUCCUGUAUUUUUAGGAAUUUGCUGCUGCGCCCUUAACGAUUUUAGAAAGUUGAGGUAAUUUUUCGGUGGCACGCUACUUGUAUUGGGUAGUUGCAAUGUACAGUCUUAGUUGUUCUUUGUAGCACAUACUCGUGCUGGAUUGUUCUUGUAAAUCGAUGUGGACACAUAAUUGUACUGAAUAGUCCUAGUAAAUCGAAUUGGACACAUUUCUUGUUCU